GCAACAGCGUCGCUUGAUAUCAAACUGGAAAGUACGGAACAAUGCUUUACUUUCAUUUUCACUUUUUAUGCUGAGUAACUAGUCGAAAUGGCUGCUGUAGAUAUUCGCCUCGCGUCGAAGAAACAGGUGGAUGACUUCAACCAGAAGCUCACCAAAGAGGCAGAACAGCUGGUCUCAAAAUUUUUCCCUCAGAAGAUUGAAGAGCUGCAGAUGCUGCUGAAGACAUCAUUCAGCUGCGAUGACCUGGCCUCUUUGAAGGCUCCGCUGGACAUCCCGAUACCAGACCCAGCUAAAGAGGAGGCCAAACGCAAGAGGAAGGAGGAGAAGGAGAAAAAAGAGGGGAAGAAAGACAAGGACAGCGAUAAAGAGGACGAAGAAUCAGGGCCUCCCUGUGGUCCCAUCUGCUGCAACGAACGAGUAGAGAGCCUCCUGCAGCAGGUCAAGCCUCAAAUCCAGACACUGAAGGAGAAGCUCAACACGGUGUCUAUGUGGGUGCAACUCCAAAUUCCUAGAAUUGAGGAUGGCAACAACUUUGGAGUGGCUGUGCAGGAGAAAGUGUUUGAGCUGCUGACCAACACACGCACCAAGAUUGAGGGAUUCCAAACUCAGAUUUCUAAAUAUUACAAUGAGAGAGGUGAUGCUGUGGCCAAAGCCUCCAAACAAUCCCAUGUGGGAGACUACAGACAGCUGGUUCACGAGCUGGACCAGUAUCAGUACAAUGAGCUCCGCCUUGUGGUGCUGGACAUCCGCAACACAUAUGCUGUGCUGUUUGACAUCAUUAACAAGAACUACGACAAGAUUAAGAGGCCAAGAGGAGACGGCAAAGCUCUCAUCUACUGAGGCUGGCUCCAGCACACUCACAGGCUAGUCUCCUGCAGACAGGAUUUCAAACAAGAUACAACUAGUGCUGUAUGACAUUAUCGUUAUAUAACAAAACACUCGCUCUGCCAAAACUGUCUCCAUUUCCUUAUUUCGCAUGCAUUUUGGUUCAGAUUACAAAUUAAAGCAAUAUGAUUCCUAUAAC